AUGGCUCCAAAGCUGUCAGCAGCCUUCCAACCUUCAGCCCAGUCGCCACCGGCGCGCUGGACCCAACGGCGACCGAUGCGCUCGCUCCCCAGCCUGGCCUUCAGUGCCGUGGCGCUUCGUGGCGCGGCGCUGGCAGCACCUUGGAGGCCGCAGGACUUGCAACUGCCGGACCCUUCGGCGGGUGGCCGGUCCCAAGUCUUUCUGCUGGGACCCUCGCACUUCUUGCCCAGGCAUUUGGAAGAGGCGCGCGUGGAGAGUGAGCGGGUCAGACCUCACGUGCGCCGCUUGGGUCGCUUGAGCGACGAGGGUGGAGGCGUCGCACGGCCAAGUAUUGACAGCAUGGCACUGGACGCGCUGCCCAUUUUUCACCGGUCGACCUGGGAGCUGCUGGCCGAAGCGCAGCGCGUGUAUCCACGGACGGUCUUGUUGGUGCCCAAUUGGUAUUUCGGAAACCGUUAUGUGGAGAGUUUAGUCGAGGAUGAGUUGUUUGUGGAUUUGCCAUUGGAGGCAUACAAUGUGGUCAGGGAAAAGGUGAAUGACAAGGAUAACCAAGUCAUGGUGAGGCAUGGUCUGGCGUGUCUUCAUCGCUUGGCUGGCAGUUUUCCCCACUUGAAGUUCAUCUUCUGGUGCAUUGCUCGAAGAACCUUGAUCCCCAACAGGACGUCCAGCGUUCCCUGGGAGGGGCAGUAUCUGCAAGUGGUCUCGCGCUUUCGCCGUCACACUCUGGAUGUCUUGAAGUACUGCGAUCGGGACACCUUCACCCGCCGGCACAUGAAGGACAACAAUGGCCAUCCCAAGCGCCAAGGAUAUGACUUGAUUUUUCGACUCCUUGCUUCGAUGGACAGACAGACCGGAAUCACAGGUCGUUGA